UGCUGAAAAACAUCGAAAAAGCUGUCUUAAUUGAUUCUGCUGCUUGGAAUUUAUGCAGAUUCUUUGCUAUUAUUCAAGUAAUUGCCCAUCAAUUGCAUGACACACUCACUUGAAUACUAAUCGAAUGUGUAAUUAUGCUAAAAAAACUUUUCCUCGAGCUCUAAUUGCCCGUAAUUGCGCCUAGAUACCAACAACAAAAUUCUGCUGUUAGUAUUGGUUACAACGCCAGGAAAGUAAUGGAUUUUAUUGGGGAUAUCUGGGAUUCCAUCGGCAAUUUGCUAUUUCCUAACCGGGCGCCUGUGGCCCCAGAAGAACCGACCGCAGCCCCGUUCAAGCUGCAUCCGGUGGAAAUCGAUAUAACGCUCAGGCCAGCCACUGAGCCCCCUGAGCAGCUUCAGAAAAUCUUCAAUGAGCUGAUCCAACGCCUGCCCCGAGCGGGCAGCAAUGCCACCGAGGCCCCUGAAGAGGAUCUAGUGUCGCAAAAGACCUUAACUGGGGGCGGGUUUGGGGAAAUCUACAUUAUAACAGCCUUGGCGCUGAUCAUUCUGCUGCUGCUCACCGCUGGCGGGUUUUGGUGGUGCCGCUACAAUAAGCUGAAAGCCGAAAAGAGGAACCUCUACCCAGUAGUGGCAGUUUCGAACAGUGAAUACAUGGACCCGCAAGCUCUGGCCAAUGGGGACAAAUUGAAAGGUGUACCCUAAAUCAAGGUGUUAGUUGUGGGGCACCAAAUAAAGCUUUCAACUGCAGGUUUUUAUGGGUGAA